CGGAGAGCCUCUCCCGUGCCCCCGAAGGACUUCCUCCCCGGGGAAGGGAGGACGAGAGACUAGGGGGGCAGCAAGCCGGGGGCCCCUUCUGCCGGUCGGGGCGGCAGCGCGCCAGCGCAGUGCCAUGCUGCUCUCCGUCCUAGCGGCGCUGUGCCUGGGGCUGCGCCUGGCGCUCGGCGUGCGCGGCGCGCCCUGCGAGGCGGUGCGCAUCCCCAUGUGCCGGCACAUGCCCUGGAACAUCACGCGGAUGCCCAACCACCUGCACCACAGCACGCAGGAGAACGCCAUCCUGGCCAUCGAGCAGUACGAGGAGCUGGUGGACGUGAACUGCAGCUCGGUGCUGCGCUUCUUCCUCUGUGCCAUGUACGCGCCCAUCUGCACGCUGGAGUUCCUGCACGACCCCAUCAAGCCGUGCAAGUCGGUGUGCCAGCGCGCGCGCGACGACUGCGAGCCCCUCAUGAAGAUGUACAACCACAGCUGGCCCGAGAGCCUGGCCUGCGACGAGCUGCCCGUCUACGACCGCGGCGUGUGCAUCUCGCCGGAGGCCAUCGUCACUGACCUCCCCGAGGACGUUAAGUGGAUAGACAUCACGCCAGACAUGAUGGUUCAGGAAAGGCCUCUUGAUGUUGACUGUAAACGCCUAAGCCCCGACCGUUGCAAGUGCAAGAAGGUGAAGCCCACUCUGGCGACAUAUCUGAGCAGAAACUACAGCUACGUCAUUCAUGCCAAAAUAAAAGCCGUGCAGAGGAGUGGCUGUAACGAAGUGACCACCGUGGUGGACGUGAAAGAGAUCUUCAAGUCCUUGUCCCCCAUUCCUCGAAUGCAGGUCCCACUCAUCACAAAUUCUUCCUGCCAGUGUCCUCACAUCCUGCCCCACCAAGACGUUCUCAUCAUGUGUUACGAGUGGCGCUCCAGGAUGAUGCUUCUUGAAAACUGUUUAGUUGAAAAAUGGAGAGAUCAACUCAGUAAAAGAUCCAUACAGUGGGAAGAGAGGCUGCAAGAACAGCAGAGGACCGUUCAGGACAAGAAGCGAACAGUGGGGCGUACCAGUCGUAGCAACACCCCGAAGCCAAAGGGAAAGCCGCCUGCUCCCAAACCAGCCAGCCCCAAGAAGACCAUUAAAGCUAGGAGUGCCCAAAAGAGAACAAACCCCAAAAGAGUGUGAGCCAGCCGCCUUCCAGAACGGAGACUGCCUCUCAGGCCGAGGCCAGGCGCUGCCCAGCCAGCCUGGGGAAGGCCCCACUCCCCUUGCCUUAACAACUGCAGAACUCCUCCUACACACAUCUUGAAGCAUUUUUCUUAAUGAUCUGCUUCCAUUUUUCUUUUUCAGCCACCACAAGCCGUAGUGGUAGGUAUGUCCUUUGGUGUGGAAGGUCUAUGAAAGCUGAAAGCUGGUGGACAAAGCUUCUGGCGGCAUUCAGAGUAGCCUUUGUGGGGCCUACUCUGGGACAUCUCUGUUUGGGGAAAAGAUGCUUUUGGUUCUUACCAUUUGACCUAAUAUGUGCAUUGUAAAAUAAAUGCCAUAUUACAAACAAAA